ACGCUGAGUUCAUCCCCACCAGCCGACAAGGACCGACUUGGAGGCUGCCGGGUCCGAAGAGAGAAACACACGAAGGGUUGCGAUGUGGAAGGUUGUGGUGGUGGCCGCGGCCCUAAGCGUGGCGGCGGUGGCGGGGGAGGGAGGGCAGGAGGCGCAGCUCUCCGGCCCUGGGCUCUCGCUCGGGGAACUGCUUCGCGGGUCUCGAGAGUCUUCCGGAGAGUACAGGGUGCGACACUUCGGGAGAGGUGGCGGCGAUGAUGACGACAGCGAGGAGUUCCCGCCACUCAUGCCCUACGAGUUCGCAUACGAGGUGAAAGACGACGCCACGACCAAUUACCAGAACAGAGUGGAGUUCGUUGAGGAUGGCGUGUUGCGGGGGAGCUACAGCCUCCUCUCCCCUGACGGUGUGGUUCGAACUUCCGUCUAUUCCGACACCGGCAAUGGCUUCGAGGUGACCCUCCACGAAGUGCCAACAGACAUCGUGGUCAUCGGCUCAGGCCUCCCUGGUGACCCCGCGCUCAAGGCCGGGGGCACGUACAGGUACUACGACUCUCGCGACUCAGGCUCAAGGGAGUCCUUCCGGCCAUCUUUCAGCAGGAGCGGUGGAUUUGAGGCUUUCUCUAAAGCAUCAGAAGGGUUUGACGGGUCUUCAAGAGGGUCAGCUAUCUUUAGUUCAUCGAGCAACAGAGACUUUUCAUCGAAAAAUAAACAGUCAAGUCGCGAAGAGUCAUCCAGGCGCGAAGAAUCGGAAAGGCGCGAAGAAUCGUCGAGACGCGAUGAGUCAAGACGCGAAGAAUCGUCGAGACGCGAUGAGUCAAGACGCGAAGAAUCCGAAGGCUCCAGAUUUGAAUUUUUAACGAAUGACAAGAGUGCCUUGGAAGCCUUCGACAGGGAGAGCGCCAGCCAAGGCUUCUCUGGUGGGUCUAGGGACUCCGAGGCUUCGUCGAGACGCAAAGAGUCAAGACGCGAAGAAUCCGAAGGCUACAAAUAUGAAUUGUUGACGAAUGACAAGAGUGCCUUGGAAGCCUUCGACAGGGAGAGCGCCAGCCAAGGCUUCUCUGGCGGGUCUAGGGACUCCGAGGCUUCGUCGAGACACGAAGAGUCUGGAGGCUUUGGAGAGUUCUCGCAUGCCUUCGCGUCAUCGUUCUCCCAGCAGGGAGGAUCUGGAGGUGGAUCAGGUGGUGGAUCUGGAGGUGGAUCAGGUGGUGGAUCUGGUGGUGGAUUAGGUGGUGGAUUUGGUGGUGGAUCAGGUGGUGGAUCUGAGGGUGGAUCAGGUGGAUCAAGAGGUGGAUUCGGUGGUGGAUCUGAGGGUGGAUCAUUAGGUGGAUCUGGAGGAUCAAGUGGUGGAUCUGGUGGUGGAUCAGGGGGUGGAUUUGUUGGAACUGGUAGUGGAUCAGGUCACGGUGGAUCUGGUGGUGGAUCAGGUGGUGGAUAUGAGGGUGGAUUAGGUGGUGGAUCAGGGGGUGGAUUCGGUGGUGGAUCUGAGGGUGGAUCAUUUGGUGGUGAAUUUGGUGGAUCAGGUGGUGGAUCUGGUGGUGGAUCAGAUGGUGGAUCUGGAGGUGGGUCAAGUGGUGGAUCUGGUGGUGGAUCAGGGGGUGGAUUUGUUGGAACUGGUGGUGGAUCAGGUCACGGUGGAUCAAGUGGUGGAUCUGACGGUGGAUCAGGUGGCGGAUUCGGUGGUGGUUCUGGUGGAUCAGGUGGGGGAUCACAUGGUGGUUCAAGUGGAUCAGGUGGCGGAUCCGGUGGUGGUUCUGGUGGAUCAGGUCGCGGAUCACAUGGUGGUUCUGGUGGAUCAGGUGGCGGAUCAGGUGGCGGAUCACAUGGUGGUUUAGGUGGAUCAGGUGGCGGAUUCGGUGGUGAAUUUGGUGGAUCAGGUGGCGGAUCCGGUGGUGGUUCUGGUGGAUCAGGUGGCGGAUCCGGUGGUGGUUCUGGUGGAUCAGGUGGGGGAUCACAUGGUGGUUCUGGUGGAUCAGGUGGCGGAUCACAUGGUGGUUCAGGUGGAUCAGGUGGCGGAUUCGGAGGUGGAUCUGGUGGAUCAGGUGGCGGAUCACAUGGUGGUUCAGGUGGAUCAGAUGGCGGAUUCGGUGGUGGAUCUGGUGGAUCAGGUGGCGGAUUCGGAGUUGGAUCUGGUGGAUCAGGUGGCGGAUCACAUGGUGGUUCAGGUGGAUCAGAUGGCGGAUUCGGUGGUGAAUUUGGUGGAUCAGGUGGCGGAUUCGGUGGUGAAUUUAGUGGAUCAGGUGGCGGAUCACAUGGUGGUUCAGGUGGAUCAGAUGGCGGAUUCGGUGGUGGAUCUGGUGGAUCAGGUGGCGGAUUCGGAGUUGGAUCUGGUGGAUCAGGUGGCGGAUCACAUGGUGGUUCAGGUGGAUCAGAUGGCGGAUUCGGUGGUGGAUCUGGUGGAUCAGGUGGGGGAUCACAUGGUGGUUCUGGUGGAUCAGAUGGCGGAUUCGGUGGUGGAUCUGGUGGAUCAGGUGGGGGAUCACAUGGUGGUUCUGGUGGAUCAGAUGGCGGAUUCGGUGGUGGAUCUGGUGGAUCCGGUGGCGGAUCACAUGGUGGUUCUGGUGGAUCAGAUGGCGGAUUCGGUGGUGGAUCUGGUGGAUCAGGUGGGGGAUCACAUGGUGGUUCUAGUGGAUCAGGUGGCGGAUCACAUGGUGGUUUAAGUGGAUCAGAUGGCGGAUUCGGUGGUGGAUCUGGUGGAUCAGGUGGCGGAUUCGGAGUUGGAUCUGGUGGAUCAGGUGGCGGAUCACAUGGUGGUUCAGGUGGAUCAGAUGGCGGAUUCGGUGGUGGAUCUGGUGGAUCAGGUGGGGGAUCACAUGGUGGUUCUGGUGGAUCAGAUGGCGGAUUCGGUGGUGGAUCUGGUGGAUCAGGUGGGGGAUCACAUGGUGGUUCUAGUGGAUCAGGUGGUGAAUUCGGUGGUGGAUUUGGUGGAUCAGGUGGCGGAUCACAUGGUGGUUCAGGUGGAUCAGAUGGCGGAUUCGGUGGUGGAUCUGGUGGAUCAGGUGGGGGAUCACAUGGUGGUUCUAGUGGAUCAGAUGGCGGAUUCGGUGGUGGAUCUGGUGGAUCAGGUGGGGGAUCACAUGGUGGUUCAGGUGGAUCAGGUGACGGAUUCGGUGGUGGAUCUGGUGGCGGAUCCGAUGGUGGAUCAGGUGGAUCAGGUGGCGAGUUCGGUGGUGGAUCUGGUGGAUCAUUUGGCGGAUCACAUGGAGGUUCAGGUGGAUCAGGUGGGGGAUCCGGUGGUGGAUCUGGUGGAUCAGGUGGCGGAUCCGAUGGUGGAUCAGGUAGUGGUUCAGGUGGAUCAGGUGGCGGAUUCGGUGGGGGAUCUGGUGGAUCACAUGGUGGUUCAGGUGCAUCAGGUGGGGGAUCCGGUGGUGGAUCUAGUGGAUCAGGUGGCGGAUCACAUGGUGGUUCAGGUGGAGGAUUCGGUGGUGGAUCUGGUGGAUCAGGUGGCGGAUCACAUGGUGGUUCAGGUGGAUCAGGUGGGAGAUCCGGUGGUGGAUCAAGUGGCGGAUCCGAUGGUGGAUCAGGUGGCGGAUUCGGUGGUGGACUUGAUAUUGGACUCGGUUUUGGAACUGAUGGACCUGGUGGAUCAGGAUCUGGUAUUGAACUCGGUUUGGGACUUGGUGGUGGACCUGGUAUUGAGCUCGGGUUUGGAACUGAUGGACCUGGUGGAUUCGGUGGUGAACCUGGUGGAUCAGGAGGUGGAUUCGGUGGUGGACCUGGUGGAUCAGGUGGCGGAUCACAUGGUGGUUCAGGUGGAUCAGGUGGCGGAUCCGGUGGUGGUUCUGGUGGAUCAGGUGGUGGAUUCGAUGGUGGAUCAGGUGGUGGUUCAGGUGUAUCAGGUGGCGGAUUCGGUGGUGGACUUGAUAUUGGACUCGGUUUUGGAGCUGGUGAUGGACCUGGUGGGUCAGGAGGUGGACUUGGUGGAUCAGUUGGCGGAUUCGGUGGUCGACCUGGUGGAUCAGAUGGUGGAUUCGGUGAUGGAUCAGGUGGGUCAGGUGGAUUCGGUGGCGGAUUCGGAGGUGGACCAGGAGGUGGAUUCGGUGGUGGAUCAGGUGGAUCAGGUGGAUCAGGUGGAUUCGGUGGCGGAUUCGGUGGUGGACCAGGAGGUGGAUUCGGUGGUGGAUCAGGUGGAUCAGGUGGAUUCGGUGGCGGAUUCGGUGGUGGACCAGGAGGUGGAUUCGGUGGUGGAUCAGGUGGAUCAGGUGGUGGAUCUGGUGGUGGAGCAGGUGGAUCUGGUGGCGGGGUCAGUGGUGGAGGGGCCGGCGGCGGCGGCGUCAACCUACAGGACAAGGCCGUGUUCAUCAUUCACCCUGACUUCUUCAAGACCGGCGCGGGCGCCGGCCUGACGGGCCUGCCGGAAGUGACGGAGCCCAUUAUUAUCGUGAGUGACAAUAAAUUUGCCCAGGGUGGGGGUGGGGCUGGCGUAGGUUUCAGUAAUGCUCUGGGCGGAGGAGGGUUUGCGGGAGCCUUUAGCAGCGUGAACAGGCUGGGAGAGGCUGCUGCUGCUGACACCACAGCGGCUCACUCAAGCGGUGCUGCAUCAACUGCUACCGCCGAAGAAGUAAGUACAUCCUCUGGUAAAAGUGGAUCGACCUCGACCAGUGCCAUUGAAAGCGCUUCAUCCUUAGGCAGUGCCUCAAUAAGCGCUUCUUCUCCAAGCAGUGAAGGCUUCGUUGCAUCCACCUUCAGCUCCAACGGAUUGACUGUUGGAAGUGCGACAGGUGAUUCUACCUCUGCCUCGAGUGGAUCAUUUGGAAGAAGUACCAUCGAAAAUGUCUCAUCCUCAGCUAGUGCCGCUGAAGGAGCAUCUUCAAGUGGUGCUACAAAGAGUGCUUCAUUCUCCAGUGCAAGUGAAUCAUCGGGCAGCGCCACUGAUGGUGCUUCUUUUUUAACUAGUGCUUCCGAAGGUGGUUCAUCCUCCCACGGAUCAGUUUCCUCAGGGAGUGGAACUGAAGGCGCCUUUUUAUUUGAUGCAAGUGGAUCUUCCCUAGGCAGUGCGGCUGAAGUUGAUACUUCUUUAGGCAGUGCCGCUGAAGUAGCCUCCUCAAGCAGUGCCACUGAAGUGGCCUCCUCAGGCAGUGCCGCUGAAGUGACCUUCUCAGGUAGUGCCGCUGAAGUGGCCUCCUCAAGCGGUGCCGCUGAAGUGACCUCCUCAAAUAGUGCCGCUGAAGUGACCUCAAGCAAUGCCGCUGCAGCGGCUUCCUCAGGCAGUGCCGCUGAAGGUGUUUCUUCUUCGAGCAGUGGAGGGUUCGAUGCAUCUACAUUCAACUCUAGAAAACUAUCUGUAGAAAGCAGCACAAAAGAUUCUUCAUCUUCUUCCAGCAGAAAAGGUGGAGUUCUAACAAUUACUUCCUCUAGCUUGGAUGGAUCAUCUGGUAUCAACAAAGCGGUAACUGAUGAGUCGUCUGGCAGGGGACAAUCAGUUCUCGAUAGUGGAGCAUCAGGAGGAACAAAAAAUAUUGAAAAGGCAGCCAAUGCAAAACCAGCUUCUUCGGGUCAAAUUGGGCUGAAUGGAUUUAGCACGUCCUUCAGUGAAGGCGGAUCACAACAGUUUAUAAUAUCCUCUAGUGGAGACGCAUCCAGGUUUGACUCCCACAGAUUUUCCAGCAGUGGAUCCGGUGGCUCUUCAAGCAGUGGGGCGUCAAGCAGUGCCAUUUUGCACAGCCAAAGCGGUGGUGACUUAAAACUGCAGGCACCGGACCAGUUACUGAAGAUUCUCAAUCCAGGCCAAACAGCUCGCGGGCUUCAGGGUAUCCGCGGCAGUUCGGGCCAGGGCGGGGCUGUCUUCUUUACGCAGGAAACUGACCUGGCCUCUUCCCAGGGCGGCAAAACCUCCAUCACACAACUGCCAGUCACUCGCGUCACCACCGUGACACACCUCCCUGACGAUUCUAAGCAAGGCUCUUCCAUCUUGAAAAUAGCUGGCAGUUCCACGGGCUUCAAGAAUAACCAGAACGUGUUCACAAGCCCACCGUCAGGUGCUGCACGAUUCUUUGCAUCAGCAUCAAACACAAAAACUUUUCAGGCGAGUGGCAAGAAGUCAGCAGGAAACAAAAUUGUUAGCAUAUCCGGCUCAGGAACACUCACGACUCUUCCUACUGGUGACACUGUCCUCGCCUUGGGCAGCAAACAACCCAUUGCAAUUUCCACUUCCCAGGGCGUCAUCAGGAACAGCCGGAGGACCGCGCCCUUUUCCACCACCAACUCGAGGCAGCAACGACCGAGGCGAAUCCGAGGGCGGCUUCUGAGGUCACUCUAAUUGGCCAAAGAGGUGAAGACACACCUGCAUUGAGGUUCACCGUCUCAGCGCCCACUGUUCCUUCAAUAUGUUAACGUUAGCUUGUACGAUAGGCAGAAUCGAUGUUAAUGGCCGCAGUGAUCAGAUUUUGCUGCUGAAAAGGGUUCAUAGAAACUCUGCUUUUAUGUUUUACACAAACACACUCUCAGUCAUUAACUACAUUAAUGAAACGAAGAGUUUGUCAUUUACCUAUUACACAAACACUUCACAUAUCACUGCACUGUUACUGUCCAUACAUCAUGCCUCUUCCCUUUAAUGGCUUGUUUUCAUUCGCGAACGAAACGCUGUUACUGUUAGCCAAUGCUUAGGUUAGGAACCAUGCACACUUGUAGUCAUGAGGUGCUGAGCUCUGUGUGUGUAUGUGUGUGUGUGUGUGUGUGUGUGUGCUAAGUUAUGUGUGUGGAUCACUUGAUAUUGUUGUAACGGUAAGUUAUCACGGAGAAGCGUGCUAGGUUUUGUGUGUGGAUCACGUCAAGCUGUUUAAACAGAAAUGUAUCACGAGGUCCAUUAGUCGUUAAGUUAUGUUUGUGUGUUUAUAACGUUGAAAUUAAUAAAAAAAAUAUUUUUUAUAAGCUG